ACACUGUCCCAAACACUCUUGAAACUCUCUCUCUCAACAAAAAGAAAUAAUAAUAUAACCUUUUCUUUCUAGGCUCUUUUAGAAGAGAAAAGGUAAAAGGAAAAACCCUAACCGUGUCUGAGCAAUCUCUCUCUCGUUGCCAAACGAUGGAGUUCUGGGGUGUUGAGGUCAAAGGUGGCGAGCCCCUUAGGGUUGAAAGUGGUGAUGGCUUCAUCCUCCAUCUUUCGCAGGCUUGCCUUGGCGAGGCCAAGAAGGACAAAGGGAAUGAAUCUGUCUGCCUAUAUGUGAAUUUUGAUGAUCAGAAGCUUGUUCUUGGAACACUGUCUCAUGAGAAAAUCCCUCAAAUACCUUUUGAUCUUGUCUUCGAGAAAGACUUCGAGCUCUCACAUAACUUGAAAAAUGGGAGUGUUUUCUUCAGCGGAUAUAAAGUUGCUCAACCCGAGAGUGAUAGCGACGAGUUUAAUUCUGAUGGUGAAGAGGAUCUCCCAGUCCCUGUUGAUAACGGGAAAGAAGAGGCAAAGCAACCAAAGCCUGAAAACGAAAAUGCUGCAAAACCUGAUUCUAAGCAGAAGGUGAAGAUCGUGGAACCGAACAAAGAAGGGAAACCCAAACCAGAGAAUGAUGAUAGCAGUGAUGAAGAGGAUGAUUCAUCUGAUGAUGGCGAGUCAAGCGAUGAUCAGGCAAUGAUGAUGGCCAAUGAUGAGGAUGAGAGUAGUGAGGACGAGGAUGAUGAAAGUGAUGAAGAAGAUGAUGACAGUGAUGAUGGGGAUGUGAAGACUCCAAAGAAGGCUGAAGUUGGCAAGAAGAGAUCCGCAGAAUCUGCUUCAAAAAACCCUGUACCUGAUAAGAAGGCUAAAUUUGUAACUCCUCAAAAAACCGAUUUGAAGAAAGCAGGUGUCCAUAUAGCAACUCCUCACCCUUCUAAACAAGCUGCAAAAACAUCUGCUAACAGUCAGAGGAAGGAGCAGGCUCAAAAAUCCUUUUCUUGCAACUCCUGCAACAGGUCAUUUGGCUCGGAAAACGCUUUACAAUCACAUUCAAAGGCUAAGCACAGUGCUGCAUAGGAUGGUUUUUUAAUUUGCUCGAUCAGCUUGAUGUUUUCGGGUGUUGCUUAUGAGACUGAGCUAGAUUUAGUAGAGAUGUGAAAGGUGGUAGUCGUUGAUUAUGUUUGGUUCAGCGGUUUUAUUCUCCAUGUUUGGUGGACGGUAUCUUGAACGAUCUGGUUAAGAAUCAAUGUCAAUAUAUUAGUUGCGGAA